GCACCCUGGCGGGUGGGUGCCUGCCAGCCGCGGAGGCGCCAUGGCGGCGGCGGCGGUGUCCGAGUCCUGGCCAGAGCUGGAGCUGGCUGAGCGGGAGCGGCGGCGGGAGCUGCUGCUGACGGGGCCUGGGCUGGAGGAGCGAGUGCGGGCGGCGGGUGGGCAGCUGCCGCCGCGGCUCUUCACUCUGCCGCUGCUGCACUACCUGGAAGUGAGCGGCUGCGGGAGCCUGCGCGCGCCGGGGCCGGGCCUGGCCCAGGGCCUGCCUCAGCUGCACAGCCUCGUGCUCCGGCGCAACGCGCUGGGGCCCGGCCUGAGCCCCGAGCUUGGGCCGCUGCCUGCCCUUCGGGUGCUCGACCUGUCGGGCAACGCGCUGGAGGCGCUGCCGCCGGGCCACGGCCUGGGCCCCGCCGAGCCGCCGGGCCUCCCGCAGCUGCAGAGCCUCAACCUCAGCGGCAACCGGCUGCGCGAGCUGCCCGCCGACCUGGCGCGGUGCGCCCCGCGCCUGCAGAGCCUCAACCUCACGGGGAAUUGCCUGGACUCCUUCCCUGCCGAGCUCUUUCGCCCCGGCGCGCUGCCCCUGCUCAGCGAACUGGCGGCCGCCGACAACUGCCUCCGAGAACUCAGCCCCGACAUCGCCCACCUGGCCUCGCUCAAGACGCUGGACCUCUCCAACAACCAGCUGAGCGAGAUCCCUGCAGAGCUUGCGGACUGCCCCAAGCUCAAGGAGAUCAAUUUCCGCGGGAACAAGCUGAGGGACAAGCGCCUGGAGAAGAUGGUCAGCGGCUGCCAGACCAGGUCCAUCCUGGAGUACCUGCGUGUCGGAGGCCGCGGUGGCGGAAAGGGCAAGGGCCGUGCCGAGGGCUCGGAGAAGGAGGAGAGCCGGAGGAAGAGGAGGGAGAGGAAGCAGAGGCGGGAGGGCGGCGACGGGGAGGACCAGGACGUGGGAGACGCCGGCCGGCUGCUGCUUAGGGUCCUGCACGUCUCCGAGAACCCCACGCCUCUGACAGUCAGAGUGAGCCCCGAGGUCCGGGACGUGCGGCCCUACAUCGUGGGUGCCGUGGUGCGAGGCAUGGACCUGCAGCCGGGGAAUGCGCUCAAGCGCUUCCUCACCAUGCAGACCAAGCUCCACGAAGAUCUCUGUGAGAAGAGGACAGCCGCCACCGUUGCCACCCACGAGCUCCGAGCCGUCCGAGGGCCCCUGCUGUACUGCGCCCGGCCCCCGCAGGACCUCAAGAUCGUCCCCUUGGGGCGGAAAGAAGCAAAGGCCAAGGACCUGGUUCGGCAGCUGCAACUGGAGGCCGAGGAGCAGCGGAAGCAGAAGAAGCGGCAGACGGUGUCGGGCCUGCACAGAUAUCUUCACUUGCUGGAUGGAAAUGAAAAUUACCCUUGUCUUGUGGAUGCAGACGGUGAUGUGAUUUCCUUUCCACCAAUAACCAACAGUGAGAAGACAAAGGUGAAGAAAACGACUUCUGAUGUGUUUUUGGAAGUGACAAGUGCCAGCAGCCUGCAGAUCUGCAAGGAUGUCAUGGAUGCCCUCGUUCUGAAAAUGGCAGAAAUGAACAAGUACACUUUCGAAAAUAAAGAGGAAGGAUCACUCUCAGAUACCGAAGCUGAUGUAGCUGCUGGACAACUUUCAGAUCCCAGCACGAGUCCCAGUGCCGCAAAGAACGGGCCCUCCCCGCUGGUGGUGGAGCAGGUCCGGGUGGUGGACCUGGAGGGGAGCCUGAAGGUGGUAUACCCGUCCAAGGCCGACCUGGCUACUGCUCCUCCCCACGUGACUGUCGUGCGCUGACGCCAGGGCCCCCUGUCCAGCCUGUCCACAUUCAUUCGGCCUGUUUUACAGAGGUUUCUAUGUGGCAAUGCUGAAUUAUCCGUUAUAUUUUCACCUCAGCAUUUUUAAAGAUGUAUGUAUUCGUUGUUCUGUUUUUCCAGAUGAUUCUGUCGUAAAGUGAUGCUACAUUGUUGUUACAAGACCGACCUGAUUUUACAGUCUUUUAUGGAAUUACUUAAAUGUCAGAAUUGACUGUUGGGAAUGUUCUGAGUCACGUAGAUAUGUGGCAGGUGAUUCUGAGAGCAAAGACACUACAGGCCUGCGCCACGUGACAGCAUUUGGGUCAGGGACUGACACCUUCGUGACGGGCCACGAUGUUCUCGUGGAGUGUUUGGAAACUUGGUGUGUGGCCUUGUAGAUACGUAGGGGAAGUGACUGAUGUUCAGUCAUGCUGCUGGGACACUUGGCUUUCCAUAGGAAAAACAUAUAAAUCCACUACAUGCACCAUCGUGGCUGGCGUUAAGUCUGAUUGCGCAGCAGCAGCUGAGCACAUGGUGCUUGUGUCACUAAGUGAUGCAUGACUGUAACUGGAGCCUGGAAAAUGGGAAACUGACCGAUGUGCGUUUCCUCAGACAGCGCAGUCACUGGCUGUGACACAGCACCUGUUAGACCCUGUCCUGCCGGCGUGCAGCUGGGGGUGUGCAAGGACGCUGGGUUUUCCAGCUUGUGGUGAUCACAAUCUAUGGGAAAAGUGUUAAUGUGACCUUAGAAUUGAUAGAACUGCUUCUCUUAAUGCUGUUGGAUUGCUCUGUGGGACAGACGGUAGCAGUAACCGGAGGACGCUUAGGUUUUUGAACCAGAAAUCCUCGUUUACACACGGAUGGGUCCUGGGUGCCUUCUCUUGUAGACGUUUCUGUUGUGAAUGUCCAGGUCAGACCCCCAUGUCCGUGUGUCUUCAUGUGUGUCCAGGCACAUGUGCCUGCACACUGCUCCCGGGAGUCAGUGUGCUUGGGUCAUGAGGACCCGGCCAGCCGCCGCCAUCUUUCACGGACCCUACUGCCUUACAGUCUGGCUGCCAUGUGAGAAGCAGCCUCGUCAGCUUUACUGAAUGACACCGUUUUUCUGUUCAGUGUCUCAGUUUCUUUGUAGAAAUGACUGGCAGUUUGGGGGAGAAUCUGAGCCCCACAACCCCUUUCAUCAGAACCAGAGAGGCCCAGGGCCCUGUGUGCUGGGCAGACAAACAGCUGAGUGGCUCUUCAGAGCUUGUAGGACACACACAGGCCAGGUGGCCUUGAGACCUGGAUCCACUUGUCCUGGUCACUGCCAGGCUUCCUGUCUGGUCCACUGUGGGAGGGAGGGGACUCCAGACAGGCUGAGGAAACGAGGCCCACACUCGGUGCCAGCUGGACGUGUCGCACGGCCCCUUCUAAUUUCCUGCUGCUCUGGACAGUCAAGAGAGAUGCCACAGUUGGCCCGGACCUGCACUACUAGAAGUCUGAGGCAGCUCAAGGCUUCCCCAGGCCAGGACUCUGCUGGAGCUCUGGGCUGGGGGCCCCAGAAAGUGGCUCUGAGAGGUGAUUUGGGGAUGCUGUGCAGAGGCUGUCCUUUCUCCGCGUGGCCCAGCCUGGGAGGGAGAGGUGCUGGAGCUGCCAUCUUGGCUCCCAGGGACUUGGUGGCCACACUGUAGCACAUCUGUCACCGGGUGGAUGUGGAACGAGGCUGUCAUGUGCUGUGCCCUUUCCUGAUGCGGCUUGUGAUGCGUGAGGUGCUGGAUAUGUAUUUAACUUGCAGGGGAGGUCUCUUUGAUGUUUGCUUCACCCCACCCCCGACUCACUAAUAAAAAGCACUGUACAAAAACCAGCUCCA